UUGCGUCACUACUGUGCGACGCACAUGUUGAGGUGAAAGUGCAAGCUGCCAUUUUUUCGAAGGAAUCUUCCUGAUUAGUUAGACGAUCUAAGGCAAACUGUAAGUUACACCGUUAGUCUUUAGCGGUCUUGUUUCAUCUCGUGGCGUACGGAAGACAUAUUUCACACGAAUAUUGCGGAAGCUUUGUUGCUUUAAAGUCGUUUUAAGUCACAGGCUAAACUCAGCUCAGGGCUGCUCUGCUCUGCAGAUGGCUGCUUAGCUCGGCGCGCUAACGUUAGCCGUUGCUGUAAACAAACACUACAGACGGUGAAGAAACAUCAGCUCAUAAUCCACAUUCACACCCUGCAGGUCGGAGCUCAGUCGCUUUAGAGCGGGUUGGGGUCUGUUGGGGUCACAGGGGAAACACACAUUUAGUCCGGCAUGUCGUCCUUCUCUGAGUCGGCCCUGGAGAAGAAGCUGACGGAGCUGAGCAGCUCGCAGCAGAGCGUCCAGACUCUUUCUCUGUGGAUCAUCCACCACCGCAAACACUCAGCCCUCAUCGUUAAAGUUUGGCACAGAGAGCUGAAGAAAGCAAAAAGCAACAGAAAGCUGACGUUCCUGUAUCUCGCCAACGAUGUCAUCCAGAACAGCAAGAAGAAGGGACCAGAGUUCACCAAAGACUUUGAGUCUGUCCUCGUCGAUGCCUGCUCACAUGUUGCCAGUGAUGCAGAUGAGAACUGUAAAAAGCACAUGGAGAGACUGCUGAACAUCUGGAAGGAGAGGAGCCUCUACAGAGCCGACUUCAUUCAGCAGCUCAAACUGGCCAUAGAGGACUCAAACAGCCCCAGGCCUUCAGAAGAGAAGAAGCCUUUGAAACGAAGCUAUCAGAAGAUCCAGGAAGACGAAGAAGAUGAAGACGACGACUACAGAAGCCACUCCUCCCCUCGUAACAUAGGCGCCAGUGCAACUCAGCUGACAGAGGAGCUGGUGAAGGCCCUGCAGGAUUUGGAAAACGCUGCAUCAGGUGAUGCAGCAGUUCGUCAGAAGAUCGCAUCACUUCCACAGGAAGUCCAAGAUGUUUCCCUGCUGGAGAAAAUCACCGACAAAGACGCUGCAGACAAGCUUUCGAAGACGGUGGAUGAAGCUUGCUUGCUGCUGGCAGAGUAUAAUGGCCGACUGGCUGCAGAGCUGGAGGACCGGAGGCAGCUGGCUCGCAUGCUGUCCGAAUACAUCAGCAGUCAGAGGGAGGCACUCAUGGAGAGAGAGAAGAAACUAGAGGAGUAUAAGCAGAAACUGGCGAGGGUGACCCAAGUUAGGAAAGAGCUAAAGUCCCACAUCCAGAGUCUCCCUGACCUGUCCCUCCUGCCCAACGUGACGGGGGGUCUGGCCCCGCUCCCCUCGGCCGGAGAUCUCUUCUCCACCGACUGAGAGGUCUUCGCUCAGGCAAACUUCUCUCCCUGCCCCUCCCCACCCAAACCCAGUUCCAUGGUUGAAUCACAAAAUACUUCUAGCUGUGUCUCUGGCCAGAGGAAACACAUGGUCAGACCUCCAAUUCACGAGGGAGGAAGGGACAUCAGAAGGAAGAUUUGGUGGAAUCAAAACGCUCUGCAGAGGAGAACAGAGACUCUGUCAGCUUGAAUUUUUCCAGCACUUGCUCAUCGAUAAGGAUUCCACUCCACCAGCUUUGAAAGAGUUUGUUUUCUGUUUGUUUUUAUUUUUUAUUUUUUUUUAAACACUGGAAAUGUCAGUGAUCUAAGAGGAGGGGUGGGUGAAGAAGCAAAACUUAGACAGACCUAAAACCUGAUUGUUAGGACAUGUCAGUCAAUAUGUCGCUCUGUGUGGUGAGCCGUUAGCUCUCACAAUGCGAGUUUGUGACUACACUGUGAAGAGGAUGUACCAUUCAUUAGUUUUAUUUUUUGGCUUUCAUUUGGGGGCUUUUUAUUGACACGUAAUGUGAUAGGUGGCUUUGAUGCGUGUGUGUGUGCAAUUAGAGAAGAUAUCGGAAUGGGUGCGGUGUACGUUGUGUUUUGGUUGCCUCAUGAAUGCUCAUAGCUGACAGCUGUCGCUCAGCAACACUGCAGAGAGAUGGUUAUUAAAUACAGUCUGAUUCUCGUAGUUUAAGUCAAUAAAGAAGCACUCUUUGCAAGUGUUUUUUUUUUAUUCACAGACUAACACUUUCCAAUUCAACAUGGAUGUUUGUUAUCAUGCAUUAAUUUGGACAGGUGCUCAGUCAAUGGAGAAGCUAAUAAUGUUUCUAAGUGUGUUCUAGACCAGGUUUGUGUUUUACACAACGGAUCCUGGAAGUUUGGAGAAUCGAUUCAGAUUCGAUUCAAAGUUUGUGUUACAACAGUAAGGAAUGUGUGGAACCCCAAAACCCAUUUAGAGCAAAACAGGUGAAACUAAGUGUUAAAGUUUUUUUGUGUGUAGAGCUGGGCAAUAAGGAUGUAAAGAAAUACUGAUACAAGUAGAUCAGACCAUUUUCUGAUAUGUUUAAAAUAUCACAACACGUUUGAUAUAUAAAAAAAACAACAAAAAAACCCAGUAGAGGUUGUAACUAUUAGUCAUUUUAAGCUACAUUCACAGGUAUUAAAGAAAAGUAUGUUCAGUGAUUUGCAUUAUGAGAUCCUCUCAGUGAUAUUAAAGUGAUGAGUAAUAACUUAGACAUUUUGCUCAGCCCUACCAGUGCGUGGAUGUCCAGUAAUAAAAUGUUUUAUUAAAAAGUAGCAGCAAC